AUGGACCAGUCGUCUCCAACCUACAUGCUUGCCAACUUAACCCACUUGCAUUCUGAACAGCUUCUGCAAGGCUUGAACCUCCUUCGCCAACAUCACGAGCUCUGUGACAUUAUCCUUAGAGUUGGCGAUGUCAAGAUCCAUGCCCACAAAGUGGUGCUUGCCAGCAUCAGUCCAUACUUCAAAGCCAUGUUCACUGGGAACCUUUCUGAGAAAGAGAACUCGGAGGUGGAGUUCCAGUGCAUUGACGAGGCAGCCCUGCAGGCCAUCGUGGAGUAUGCCUACACAGGAACUGUGUUUAUCUCUCAAGACACUGUAGAGUCGCUUCUUCCAGCUGCGAAUCUUCUCCAGAUCAAACUGGUGGUGAAGGAGUGUUGUGCGUUUCUGGAAAGCCAGCUCGAUCCUGGCAAUUGCAUCGGGAUUUCUCGUUUUGCAGAGACCUAUGGCUGCCAUGACCUCUACUUGGCUGCUAACAAGUACAUUUGUCAAAACUUUGAAGACGUGUGUCAGACGGAAGAAUUCUUUGAACUUACGCAUUCUGAAUUGGAUGAAAUUGUUUCCAAUGACUGCUUGAACGUUGUGACAGAAGAAACUGUCUUCUAUGCACUGGAGUCCUGGAUCAAGUAUGAUGUGCAGGAGCGACAGAAGUACUUAGCACAGCUGCUGCACUGUGUUCGGUUGCCACUGCUGAGCGUUAAGUUUCUUACAAGGUUAUAUGAAGCAAACCAUCUCAUUCGUGAUGACCAUACUUGUAAACAUCUGCUAAAUGAGGCCCUAAAAUACCACUUUAUGCCUGAACACAGACUUUCCCAUCAGACCAUGUUGAUGACACGACCUCGCUGUGCUCCUAAAGUUCUUUGUGCUGUAGGAGGAAAAGCUGGACUGUUUGCGUGUUUGGAAAGUGUUGAAAUGUAUUUUCCCCAGAACGACUCCUGGAUAGGCCUGGCUCCUCUUAGCAUUCCCCGCUAUGAAUUUGGAAUAUGUGUCCUAGACCAGAAAAUAUAUGUUGUAGGAGGGAUUGCAACCCACGUGUGUCAAGGCAUCAGUUACCGGAAGCAUGAGAAUUCAGUGGAGUGCUGGGACCCCGAUACGAACACUUGGACAUCUCUUGAAAGGAUGUUUGAGAGCCGGAGUACUCUGGGAGUGGUCGUUCUGGCAGGAGAGCUCUACGCCUUAGGUGGCUAUGACGGGCAGUCUUAUUUACGAACGGUAGAGAAAUACAUUCCUAAGGUGAAGGAAUGGCAGCUAGUGGCCCCGAUGAACAAAACCAGAAGUUGUUUUGCUGCAGCUGUCUUGGACGGAAUGAUAUAUGCCAUUGGUGGUUAUGGUCCUGCCCAUAUGAACAGCAUGGAGCGUUAUGAUCCCAGUAAAAACUCGUGGGAGACAGUUGCUUCAAUGGCUGAUAAGCGAAUAAACUUUGGUGUCGGUGUCAUGCUGGGCUUCAUUUUUGUAGUAGGUGGACACAAUGGUGUGUCUCACUUAUCGAGCAUCGAGAGAUACGAUCCUCAUCAAAAUCAGUGGACCGUGUGUCGACCCAUGAAGGAACCCAGAACAGGAGUUGGUGCAGCUGUAAUUGAUAACUACCUUUAUGUAGUCGGCGGUCAUUCAGGGUCAUCCUACCUGAACACUGUACAGAAAUACGAUCCCAUCUCAGAUACCUGGCUGGACUCUGCUGGGAUGAUGUACUGUCGAUGCAAUUUUGGUUUGACUGCACUUUGAUGACAAGCGGGACUUUACGGACCUGAUGCAAAGAUGGAGCUUAACCUGCUUGGAAAUAAACCCUGCUGGCGGAGACCAUGAGCUGCGUUUUCGGAAGCUGGAAGGUUGGAGGAAUGUGGUGAAGUGAGGAUUGAAAUGAGGAAGGAUUUGUUUUCUUCCGAUAAUUGGCCUUUGUUACUUUAGUGACGUGGGCAGAAGAAAUGGAAAGCUUAUUACCAGCUGGGUUUAGAUGGCAUCCUGUUAAUGGCAGUGAAUUUUAGAGAGUACUGUACAUGCCUGGGAUAUGGUUAGAAAACUUACUGUAUAUCUAACCCUUUCACUUUCUAGAGCUUUUUCUCUCUUCCUCCUGCCUACUCUGAAACAUGAAGUUUACCGUUCUUGGGGUGAGAGACGUGUGAAUGUGGUGUAUGACUGGACAGUUUGCUGAUAGUUGUCUGGUUGUGUCUACAUAUUAAGAAAAUGCCAGUGCUUCAUAAUUUUUUUUAUGAACAGUAACUAAAGGGCUGCCUUGUUUCUGUAUCUCAAGGUUUGUAAAUAAUAAAUGCCAUAGUAUGUUG